AUGGAGUUGGUCAAAAUUGCAGUGUCCUUCCACAUCCUUCUUUGUCCUGCAUGGACCGUAUCCCAUCACCCUUACAUGGACAGCAUCCUCUCAGCCCAGGCAGCCCUCAGGUCGCUGGAUGAGCCGAUGAGGUUUGACCCUUGUUGCCUCAUGUCACCGCCUCCGCCACCGCUCUUCCCUCCACCGCCUCAGCUGUGGAAGCGAGGCAGCCCCGAUGGUAUCGGCAUUUUAGAACCAAGUGUAAUUGGAGGAGAGGGCCAGCAAAGAGAAAAACCUGUGAUACCAGGGUGUUCACCUGGACCACCAGGACCUCCUGGACCCCGGGGUCCAGAGGGUCAUGGUGGACUGCCCGGCAUAAGAGGACCAAAAGGGGAGAAGGGAGAAAUUGGACGGCCUGGGUCAAAGGGUCGCACAGGAGCUCCAGGCCUCCCGGGGAAACAAGGACUACCAGGAUGGCCUGGUCCAGAGGGAGCCAAGGGUGAGAAAGGGGAUCCAGGACUCAUGGGAUUACCAGGACUGAGGGGACCACCAGGGACAAAGGGUUUACCUGGUUACAAAGGAGAAAAGGGGGCUCAUGGAGACUCAGGGUCAGCAGGACCAAAAGGCGAUAAGGGUUCCAUUGGCUUGCCUGGGAUGCUUGGCCAAAAGGGUGAGCAGGGACCAAAGGGAGAACCAGGAGUCUCAGGGAAGAGAGGACCGACUGGGCGGCCUGGGAAGAGAGGCAAACAGGGCGUGAAGGGCCAGACUGGAGGCCCAGGAGUCAUGGGCCCCCAAGGUCCCCCAGGUCCAAACGGUCAGCCUGGGCCACCUGGUCCACCUGCCUCAGGUCUCUAUCUAGUGGGGGAAAAGGGAGAGAAGGGUCUCCCAGGUCCGCCAGGUCAAUGUGACUGUGACACCAAGCUUGGAGCUAAUAAUGCUCCUUUUGGAAGCUACACACAAAGAAGUGGCCCCAAUAAAGUCCCUGCAAUAUUUGUGGUCAACAGUGAGGAGGAGAUGGGCCGUCUUCAUAUGGACAAUGCAAUAGCAUUCAGGAAGGAUCAGAGGAUGCUGUACUUUAAAGAUAAAGAUGGAUGGAAGCCCAUACAGCCCUUCCAGCCGUUCCAGUCCACAGAGAAAGUCCCAGACAGAGUAGGUGUGUGUGGGGACGGAAAGGUGCAGCCCCAGCAUGGAGAGGAGUGUGACGAUGGAAACCAGAUUGUCACUGACGCUUGCCUGAACUGUAAGUGGGCCUACUGUGGGGAUGGCUACCGACAUGAAGGCAUGGAGGAGUGCGAUGGGAAGGACUUUGGUUAUCAGACCUGCAAAUCCUAUCUUCCUGGAUCCUUUGGGCAGCUCCGAUGCACCGACUCUUGCCUCAUUGAUUCCACUGGCUGCAAGUACUUCACCUGA